AUGUGUCCUUGUACAAAAUGUGCCAAUUGUCACUCUUAUUCUCGCGUAUGUGUUUAUGAACACUUAACAGAUCCACAUCGUGGAUUUCUUAGAGGCUAUAGACAAUGGAUAUAUCAUGGUGAAAAACCUAGAACUUCAAGUAGCGCUACUAAACAAAAUGUAGAAAUGGAGCAUGACAUGGAUGGAUUAGUUCAUGAUGUAUUUGGAGUUCAUUCUACAGAAGAGCCAAUUUGUGGUGAAGGUGAAAGAAUUCUCGAAGUUAGAGAAAACUCUAAAUUUUACGAAUUUGUAAAGGAGAAUGAGCAAAUGCUUUACCCCAACUGUAAGAAGUAUAGCAAGCUAUCAUUUAUGGUACAUUUGUAUCAUUUAAAGUGUCUUCAUGGGUGGAGUGACAAGUCAUUCUCCAUGUUGCUUGAUUUACUAAGAGAUGCUUUACCAGAAGAAAAUGUUUUGCCAAAGUCAUAUUAUGAAACUAAAAAGAUUGUUUCAGGAUUAGGUUUGGGGUAUGAGAAGAUCCAUGCUUGUCCCAAUGAUUGCAUAUUAUAUUGGGAUAAAUAUGCCAAAUAUGAAGUAUGUCCAAAGUGUAGUACGUCAAGGUGGAAAACAACAAAUGAAGACGUACAAGGUAAUGGAAUGGAGACUUCUGAGAGGCGAAAGAAGAUACCAGCAAAGAUCCUUCGAUGGUUUCCAUUGAAACCAAGGUUGCAAAGAGAUGUCAUACGUGAGUCUGUAGAAUCUCACUCAAUUCCCUCUGAUAUAGAAGUUGAAGAAGAACAAAUUGAAAAAGAAGUAGAGCCUAAACGGGCUAGAGGUCCUACAAAAAUGUUAGAUGUAUGGGAAAUGGAAGAUGGUGAUUUAAUAAUCGUUAAUUUGGACAAAUAUGGUCGACCCAUUGGUGAGGAAGGGACAACUCUAACUCGUUUCAUUGGUAGCGUAGCUAGAAGGUAUCAAUAUGCUCCUAUCAACUACAAGUCAUGGAAAGUUAUGCCAAAUGAUUACAAAGAAGAAAUGUUGAAAUUAAUAGAGAGUAAAUUUGAGUUUGUUCCUCCAAUAAAUGACUUAACAAGAGAAAUGUUAAAAUCUGAGCUGAAUGAGAAAUGGAGGCAAUGGAAGGGUGAUCUAAAGUCAAUGGCAUAUGACCCUACUAAAACAGAAGAAGAAGUUGCAUCUCUUGUACCAGAUGAUAGGGUUGACCCAAAUCAAUAUCGUGGUUUGGUUCAUCAUUGGUUUUCUGAUGAAGGACAAAAAAUAAGUAAAAUUAAUAGGCAAAAUCGUGCUAAAUUUGAAGAUGUUCAUUGUAUGGGUUCAAAAAGUCUCCCAAAGUUUAUUGAUGAGAAGAUAAAAAGGGCAAAGGAGUGUUGCCUGGACGUAAAGAGAUUUACAUUGAUACCCGCACUCGUAAAGAUGGAGCAAUUGUCAAUGGAAAGGCUGCAAGAUUGAUUGAAGAACUAAAAAAACAUAAUAAUGAGGCUGGAACUUCUCAAUCAACCCAAGACACACAAGGUUCUAUGUCUUGGAAGGAUGACAUAUUUUAUCAAGUACAAGGACCUGAUAAAAACGGACGUGUGCGAUGUAUGGGCAAGAUUCCUCAUUCUAAAAAAUCGAAGGUUUGUGCAUCUGAAAAUGAAGAGUUGCGCGAAAGAGUUAAGAAUAUGGAAAACUUGUUAGCAAAUGUGAUGACUUUAAUUCAAAAUCGAUUUUCUGGAGCAGAUGUUAAUGAUAUAAUACAAGCUGCAAGACAGGUUCCUGAUGCUACUAGUGCUCAAAACCAUUUGAAUUCACUUAGUCCAAACAACAACGAAAAUAAUGAAAAUGGUGAAGAUUAAAAGCUAAUUUGUUGUUGAAGAUGGAAUAUUGGCAAUUUAGUGGACUCUAUUUCUUAAUAUUUUUUGAGAUUGUUAUGUAUGACACAAGAUGUCUAUUUUAAAUGUCUAUUUUUUGAGGUUAAGGGUUUUGUUUUAUCGUUGUAAGACUUUUAUAUUAAUUUUUAA